GGCGGAUAGCCAGUGCAUCCGCUGCUUUUGAGCAAGUGGUGACAUAUUAACUAUCGCAUCCGCUACUUUGGAUACCGCAUCCACACUUUGAAUAUCACAUCCACACUUUGAAUAUCACAUCCACACCUUGGAUAUCACAUCCACACCUUGGAUAUCGCAUCCAGCGGAUUAUAUAUCACUCCGUCGCAUUCCCAAGAUACCCCCCCAUAACGGCUCCCGACACCCGCGCAUACAGCCCCCGCUGACAAGCCACCGCCAGGCCCGCCCGCACAGCGAGCCGUCCGCCCCAGUCGCCCUCUGCUCCUUGGUGCGAGCUGAGCAGCAUCCACCGGCCAAGGCCCCAAGAAAAGGCAAGUGUGCCUGCCGGCCACAUCUUGUUGUGUGCCCAGCCCGGCCGCCCUCGCUCGGCCUUGUUCGGCGUCUUGUCCUUCGCCCUUGCCCCGAGGUGCCUAUUUAAUGACCCGCCUCGCCCAGCCGCCGAUCCCGAUACCCUCUGCGACCCUCUCUUGCUGGCCGAGCCCAACUUCACCCGCCCCGGCCCACCGACGGCCCUUUCCGCAUCUCGCUCGCCAUCGUCCUUGGCCUGUGUCCCUUGCCUGCAAUCUGUCUGGCGAAACCCGCUCGUUUCCCUGCCCACCCAACUUUCUCCCCCCCCUUCCCCUCUCGAGCUAUACCUUCGCCAUGCAACCCCACAGCGGGUUUCUCCCUCACCGCCAUCCUUCAAAGCGCUACUCAAGCCCGUAUCCGACCAACCAGUCAUGGAUUUCGCCUCCGCCUCUGCCUCCUCCGUCAUCGUCCUCAUUGCUACCCCCGUCGAACCAGAGCCUCUCGGCCCCGUCGUCGCCCCGCUAUCCUGCUGCCGCGCAGCCCCCCUUCCAAAACUUUGACUGUGUCCUCAUGUCUCCUGAGGGUCUUCCCCGCCCAGCCAUGCCGGCCUUCCUCAACACCGACAUGUGCCUGCCCGACACACCCAUCUCCCAGGCAUCCUCCUCCCAGAUCUCCCUCGCCUCAUCCGAGCCGAUGCUGCCUGAUCCCGUUCCGUCCUCUGCCAUGUCCUCUGCCAUGUCCUCGCCGGCCUACUCGGCACUCGGAUCUGUCGGCCCAGCCGGACCCGAUUUCUAUGCAAAGCCUGGAGUCUUGGGCUACCUCGUCCCAACCAACGGCUUCAUGGACACCGAGAGCUACAACACCCGUCAGCUCGUGUCCUCCGCCGACAUUGCCGGCGCAAAUACCAUGACCAGCCCGACCGAGAGCAUGUUCUCGGGGCGAACCGCUUCGCCGCAGCAUCAGCUGCAGAUGCAUCCUCACCCUCAGCCUCAGCCUCAGCACGAACAGCAACAACAACAUCAUCAGCAUCAGCAUCAUCACCAUCAUCAUCAACAGCAGCAUCUGCGGCAACACGCCUUGGAGUCUCUGCAGACUCAGCUCCAUCAGCAGCUGCCCCUCACGACGCGAGCCUUUGACUAUCCAUCCAGCACCGCGGCUUCGACGGCAAUCCCGUAUUAUGCCCCUGUCGAGGCCAGCGUCUUUGGCAGCGCAGUCCCAGUCAUGCCCAGCUCGGUUUCAGUCAUGCCCAGCUCGGCUCCGGUCCUGUCCAGCGUAGCGGACGACAUGUACACUCCGAAAUUCGACGAUCGUCCACCGUACUUUCCUGCCUCGCUCAACACAUUCGAUCCACUCUCUGCCUAUGACAGCAACGCUAUUCUCUCUAAUCCGUCGCUCUACUAUGUCGACAACACCCUCUCUCCCACGGAUGCGGCCGAGUUUGGUAACGCCGAGCUGGCCCUCCCCGAUGUCGUCUAUGAGCGGAUCUCGCCUGGCACCGACCUGAGCUGUACCCAGUACCAACUCGAGAGCUGGGCGGCCCCGCUCAAUGAGCCCGCGCUCUCGAACAUGGAUGUCACCGCAACGCUCGGUCUCCAAGUCCUGCCUUCGUCGCACGGCCCCGACCUCGAUUUUGAGCAGCCCUCGCCUCUGCUGCAGUCCAUCGAAUCACCCGCCCCGGUCGCCGUCGAUCUGCCCCCGUCUCCUACCCCGUCAGCUAAUCCUCAUGAAGGCCAGGCCCCGGUUCCGCCGAUGCCUCUCAACCCGCCCAGGCUGUACAAGUGCCCGAAUGCAGCUUGCACCAAGACCUAUCGCAACACUAACGGCCUGCGCUACCAUACCAACCACGGCACCUGCGAGUACGACACCACCUCGGUGCAGAGCCAAGAUACCAGCUUAGUCUCCUCCGCAUCACCUUCGUCCACGAUCAAAAUCACCCAGCGCCCCUACUGGUGCCGCGUCGAGGGCUGCCAGAAGCGCUUCCGCAAUCUGAAUGGGCUCCGAUAUCAUGCCUCGGCUGCCCACGCCCAUCUCGACUUUGAGACCCAGGUCAAAGGCCACUGCAAGAGCGCCAAGCACCCCGAUCUCGGCCACGCCAAGCACGGCGACCCGAGGCUCAAUACCGCCCAGGUCCACGCCCACCUCCGCUCCGUGCAAGAUUGCAGUCAGAGCCUCGACUCGGACCAUGCCCAGUCGCUGCAGCAGCACAUGCGCCUCUCCCAUCGCUAAUUCCCACCAUCGGUUUAAUCUCGACCGCGAUCGCGAGGCGCAUAUGCAGAAGCAACACCUGGGCUCCGUAGCCAAAGGGAUCUAUCGGGGUCGCCUCCCCCAUUCCCGGAUCAGGCGUUCCCGGAAUCGUACACAUCUCUGACCAACUGACCUGACAGACCGGCCGUCCAAGCACCACCACCACCCGUCAUUCUACAGCAGAGCCCCUCGUUCUCAUCCCGAUCCUUCACUGCGAUCGACACUGUACAUAUUC